AGAAAGUAGUGCCGUGAUGCAAAUGUGUUUUCAGACAAUACUAUCGGCCAGAGGUGUCUUUGAAUAACAUAUUGUGUAGUUGGCUCAUUCUAGCACACGUAUUUUGUAAAAGGUGGUGUUUUGUCCGCGUGAUUUGAGCGAAAGGUUCGCCCUGUGUUAGCUGCGGAGGGAUACUUAACGUCCCACUGCGCGUCAAAAUAUUGGCUCUGGGAAACCGCGUCAAAGCUCAGACAGCGGCAACUCGUCCUCAGGAUAUCUACAAGCCGCGGAUGACAUUGCAACCUGCCACACUCGCGUGCGUUUCGAGGAAACUCGGGAAUCUACGCUCGUUGUUGUUUUCAUCGGAACCUAGUUUUGUUUUUGUUGGCGGUAUCUCGAGUCUCGAGACCCUCCCAACCCAACUCGGACCCGCUUUCAUGUCGGUUUUCAGGCACUGGUGUGCGACUUUACGGUCGUGACUCGAAAAGAACGGGCGCGGUGUGGCCAACUUGGCGCACUGCUGGACGGUCCACACCACUAUUUAGACGACGCCCGAACCCCCUAAAGUCUUAAUAGUCGUUGUCGAAACCUCAGCCGGCUGCCUUGGAACACCACCACCACCGGAUUUUCGUUUUUACCCCCUCUUUUUUUUCUAAUAUGUUGCUGUCAAAGUUUGGUUCAUUUUCCCAUAUUUGCAACCCUUCGAGCAUGGAUCACAUGCCAGUGAAAAUUCAGCUUCAGCCGGUCAAAGUGGAGAAGGAGCCGUUCGAAAAGGUGUACCAGGUGGGCUCCGUGCUGGGGAGCGGUGGCUUCGGCACCGUGUACGCCGGCAGCAGGCUCUCUGACGGGGCACCGGUGGCUGUAAAACACGUCGCAAAGGAAAGGGUGACCGAGUGGGGCUCAAUUAAUGGAAGCAUGGUCCCGCUCGAGAUCCUCCUGCUCAAGAAGGUCAGCUCAUCGUUUCGCGGAGUUAUCAAAUUGCUGGACUAUUACGAGCGCGCCGACGGCUGGCUCCUGGUUAUGGAGAGGCCGGAGCUCGUCAAGGACCUGUUCGAUUUCAUAACCGAGAAGGGCGCCCUGGACGAAGACGCGGCGCGGGGCUUCUUCCGCCAAGUCCUGGAGGCGGUGAGGCACUGCUACAGUUGCGGGGUGGUACACCGGGACAUCAAGGACGAGAACCUGCUCGUGGAUCUCCGCACCGGGGAGCUCAAGCUUAUCGACUUCGGUUCUGGGGCGAUUCUCAAGGACACCGUGUACACCGACUUCGACGGCACUCGUGUGUACAGUCCACCAGAGUGGAUCCGCUUCCACAGAUAUCACGGACGCUCGGCCACGGUGUGGUCGCUCGGCGUGCUGCUUUACGACAUGGUGUGCGGAGAUAUCCCCUUCGAGCAGGACGAGGAGAUCCUUCGGGGGAGAGUGUACUUCAGGAGGAGGGUGUCAGCUGAGUGCCAGCAGCUGAUUAAAUGGUGCCUGGCCUUGCGGCCCUCCGACCGGCCCACGCUGGAGCAGAUCUGCGACCACCCCUGGAUGAGGGUGUCGGCCGAGGUGCCCGAGUCCAAUCCCGAGGAGCCGGCCGCCGGCGACAUUCGCCUGCGGACCAUCGCCACGGAUUCGUCGUCGAGCACGACCUCCAGCAAGGAGAGCCUCUGAGGAGCGGUCUGAAACACGCUAAAGACUCUCUGGGGGGCGAUGAGGAGGGGGCAAGGCCAGGCCGCAAGGAGUUAACGGACUCUUGUAUGGUCGCCCGUGGCCGAGCUUGGCUGAUCAAUGGCCAACAACGGCUCCUUUUUUUUCCCCAUUCAGUUAGCAUAAUACAAGUUGUUUCCUAAAGGGGAACAUGUUGCUGUUUGGGUGCAACUGUUUGUUGUUGCUUCUCUUAAUUCUCCUCCACAUCUCCUUUUUUUCAUUCAGUUUGAUACAAGUUGUUUCCUAAAGGGGAACAUGUUGCUGUUUGGGUGGUCUUACCGGAACUAUUUAUUCCCCCUCUGCCCUUCCCUUUGUCAGUAGGCUGGCGUAUGCAUCUGGCAAGGCCUUCCUAUUUCAGAUAUGGAUGCUCUCAUAGAGCGUAGGAGUAAACUUUUUUUUUCCCCCAAUGUUUUAAUUUUGGAGUGCCUUUUUUUGGGGGGGGAAUGCUGCUUUUUCUGGGGGCUUUUCAUCUCAAACAAUUUUUUUUCCCCCCUCGGAUUCAACCUCAGUGAUGGAGACCAAGCGCCUCCAUCACCGACAAGCCAAGUAGCCCCCAGCUGAGAGGCUGCGAGAGCAUUAAAGAGUAGAGAAUGGAAUACUUGAAACUCACACACACUCACGCACGCGACUGUGUAUCACUCUUCGAAGCUGCUCACUCACUCUAUAGCCUGAACAGGUGUUUUGGAAACUGGAUCCUGUCUUUUUCUGAAUGUCUACAACAUGUAAACACACACACACACACACCUCUACCCCCUCCCCCCUUCCCUCCUGCUGUGUUCAGCCAUGCCUGUUGCGAGUUUUGUCGCGCUUCUUUAACUUUUUGCCCCCCCCCCCCCCCCCCCGCCAUCUCACUGCUUGACACUUCAUGGUCCCCCACUCCUGGCCUCCCCCGGGGGCUCCUUGGGGUGUGAAAUGCACAAUCAAUGCAAUAUUCAUCAACUAUGUUGUUGUUGGAAUUUUUUUUUUUUUUUUUUUUGGAGGGGUGGACAAAUAUUGUACAGUGUGUUCACCCUUCUAUCGGUAUGUAAUUUUUCCCCCCCCUCCAUUUGCUUUUAAUUUAUUUGUAAACGAAACAUGUAGACAUUCCACGUUCUGUGGUUAUUUAUUUAUUUAUUUUCUAUGCUUAAAAGUCCCCUCCCUUUAAAAUAAUUUUUGCAUAUCCUACUUGGCCUUUAGUUUGCAUUCCUAACUUAUUUUUACAUUAUCGACAAUUUUUUUUUUUUUUAAUUGUAGAUGUGGAGGAUGCACUGACAGUUGUCGAUGUAAAGCAGAUAAAAUGAGUUUACUUAAAGUUGAAAGGAUUUGAAUGUUAACUACUUUGGAGAUUAAAUCCAUCUGGUUUCUGUACUUUCAAGUUGAACUUUUGAGUUGUUUGGGAAGCAAAACAAUUGUGGUCUCCACACAGCCUCGAUACCGUAGGGCUCACUGUUGCCACUCGGGGCUCCAAAGGAUGGAUUUUUUUUUUGUUUUUGUUUUUGAUACAAAAUUUUCAAUUAAAGACCCACUUUUAUGUACAGAAACAACUGGUGGUAUGAUUUUUUUUCCCCCUCCCCCAAAAUGCAAGAAUGGCAAUAAACCAUGUUAUUUUAGUUUAUUUUUUUUCACCCAACUCAACUCCGCCCGAGCACUUCCAAAGCACCGACCCCGCUAAUCCUCCCAUUGUUUUACCGUCUCACUGGCUUUUUUGGCAUGUAAAUGAGGGCCAUCUUUUUCUUCAUCCCAAACCCUUACAAAUGAUGAUGAGGCCUCAUCCACUCUCACUGUGAAAUCCUCAUUAAAUGAAUAUGGGUGGGCAUAUGGUCCACCCUCCCCCACACACUUUUAGUCAACGUCCAUGAGCCACACACAUCCAUUUAAACAUUUGCACUUCCGUGUAGAGCGUUCAAUCUGAGGUGGAGGUCGUAGGGGCCUCAUCCAAUGACGUCAUAUGAAAAGUACGCGGAUUACCACCAGCAUCCAAGGCGCUUUGGAUGACUUCAAGAGACUUUCGUAGGAGACGAGUCGCCAGACAGAAGAGGAGGAUGCCAGAUGGACUCCAGGGGCCCCCAGGGCCCCUGUUGGGCGCAGAUGGGCCGGUGGGUGUCAACCCACACAGGCGGCACAGGCUGCGGUGCCAGCACCGAGAACAGGAAAAGACGAAACGAGAGAUCACACUAGCGCUGCCAGCGAUACUACGCUUCACACUAGUUUCUUUGUUUCUCGAUGCGUUUGUGUGUCCAUGCGUCUGACCCCACUUUAAGGACACGGCCAUCGCAAUGCAUGAGCUCGCAUUGGCCCAUGCUGUGUUGUGUCAAGGCGCGUGUAUGCGCAUUAUGGUCACGAUACAAAACCAGCAGGAAUUGUGGCAGAAAAAUGUCUUGAGGAAUCCAUUGAUUUCUUACACUCGAGUGUAAUGCCACAAUUAAAUCUUUCCUGACGCUCCUGCCUCGUACUCUGUAAUCAUUGUUGAAUUAUGAUCAACUAUUAACAUUGGGGUAAAAGGCAGUUAUGGUUUAUUGCACUAUAAAUGGGGUCGCAUAAAUUGUAUAAAUUGUUUUCUUUGUCACACUACUCAUGAUACUUUUUAGAACUAAAUAAAGCGUACUAUUAGGUAUACAAUAUUAUGCAAUAUACAAACGUUUACAGUAAUCAUGUGUAUCAUGCAUGCCAGGCCUCUAGUCUGCGCUGUCACUUUGAGGAGAAACAUGCGCAGCAACUUCCGGCCCUCUCGGGGCAAAACGUUCAUGUCCAACUAUCAAACCCCAUAUGUGAUAAAUGAAUGACGAUGUUGCCGCUCACUGCGGAGGUCGCCUGCUCUCUGCUGGGACUUAUUGCCUCAUGGUCUGGUCCUGGUGUUCAUUAAAAGCCGCGCUGGUGCCAGUGGAGGAGUACCUGGCUGCGAGGCUGGAGGGAACCUGCUGCUCACCCUGAAGGAACUCUUUGUUCUGUGGAACACCAUGUAUCGCCACUGUAAACAUGAGCGAUGUUUCGUUGGCUGUGAACGCCCGUCGGCUGCCGUAUCGGAGAGUACAAAUCAUCUGGUUUUCCGCAACGCGUCCAGAGCGUGUACGCACACGUCCAAGUCUCACCGCAUCAACAACCAACAAGUCAAGAAUCCCCUUCAGACCACCACCUCCGUCCCGCUCCUCGUCUGUUUACGCCCUGCGGUAUCAACAAGGCCCGAGCGCCAUGGCAGCGAGCGAGCGGCUACGUGGGGAAGCAAAACACGUGCGUCUGCUUCCAACCAGGCUAGGAAAGGAAUUGCAGGAGGGGGGGGGGGGCGGGGGGCGGUGAAUGUUGACGUUGUGCCUGUCAGUGAGGUCAAAAAAUGCUUUUGAUGUGAAGGCUCAUCCGAAUACUGGACUAGAAUGGCGGGGAUUGGUGAACGCCUUGACUUUAAAAAUGUAAUGUUUGAAUUUAUAAAUAAAUAGGGCAGACUAGCGGCGACCAUCUUGAAUCGCAGAGUGGAGUUUUGCUUUUUUUCCCUCCCUCUGCUAGAUCUGGUGCUUCCAUUUGGCCCCACUGCCAGCGGACUGUAACAUGGACGAUCCACAAUAGGCCCCCGUUCCUCUGCGUACUUUCUGACUCGCUUUGCAGUGUCUCCAGCUGCAGAGUGAGCUGAAAAAAGGAGCCGUGACCGCAUCACAGGGCGGCAACUUGAAGGAGUGCCCCAACUUCAGAGGCAACGCAGAGCCGCUGACAACCGAGCAAAAAAAAAAAGACAA